UGACAUGGAAGGGCAAUCUAUAAUCAGAAACGCAGAGCACCUUAAAUGUUUCAUAUGUUUGACGUUUUACACAGAACCAAAAACAUUACCAUGCCUGCAUUCAUUCUGUGAGACUUGUAUUCUAAAUUGUUCUGAAAAAAAAAUAUUUAAUUGCCCCCUGUGCUGGAAGGCCUUUGUGAUACAACCUAAUGAUUUAAAAACCAACGGGUAUCUGCAGAACAUGAUUGAUCUUUUCGAAACGCUGACGGAUUCAACAAACCAUGAAUGUUCAUUUUGCAAGGUCAAAUUUAAAGAAAUCAAGCCAGCCAACUCUAGAUGUCUAACGUGUUUAGAAUUCCUUUGUAAAGAAUGUGCAAAAUCCAGACAUGCUUUCAACUCUUUCACUAUGCAUCACCAUGUAGUGUCUUUGUCGGAAAUAAGAUCUGGAAAGUAUUAUGAAGAAAUAAGAUCGGCACAGUGUAAAACAAAGUGCACCCUGCAUCCAAACAGAGUUAUGGAGUAUUUCUGUAUUUCAUGUGAAGCUUUUGCUUGUUGUGAUUGCAAAUUUUUACAACACAAGAACCAUAAAGUUAAACUCAUGUCUGAUUUAAGAACAGAAAAAGAAAACAUCAUAAAAAAUCUAUCUGACGAUUUAAAAUUUAAAUUGUCCACUUUGCAGGAAGACAAAAAGUUAAUUGAUUCUAGAAGAGACGAUGUUUCAGCGAUGAAAAUAAAAUUACGUGAAGAUAUAAUGCAGAAAUGUUCGGAGGCAGUAAGUAAAAUAGAUAGAAAACGAAAUAAAAUGCUGCAAGAUUUAGAAGGAUUUGCCGAACCAAGGAUACAAUCCCUUCAAAAAGAAGAUAACAGAUUAUCUAAAGUGGCAAAAAAUAUUGAAGAAUCUUUACAUUUUUAUGAAAUUAUGCAAAAUGGAAAUGACUAUGAAGUUUUUCCUUUAUUCGAAAAAAUUCAAGAGCGCUUCCAAAGCCUCAAAAAAGAAAGUACUUUAAAUAAUUCUGAGUGUUUACUCGAAGAGUGUUUGCCGCAGAUUGGGAUUCAUGUAACGGAACCAGAGUUAGAAUUGACAUACAAUGAUAAAAUCACGGAUAGCGAUUUGUAUCGUGAAUCGGGGGAUCCAAGUGACAAUUCAGAUAGUUCUUCAUCCGAGCAAGCAUCGGACGAUGACGAGGAAACGGAAAGCAUUUCCGUUACAUUAGUAAGGGAGAUUUACGUGAAAAUAUACUCCGAUUCUGAGAGACCCGUUUUUAGUGGUAUUGCAUGGAUUAACAACAACAAGUUCGUAACAGUGGAUAAAGCUAAUGAAAAAAUCAUAAUGUACUCACUGUCAUCUGGUAAAAUAUUGAAAUCAAUUAAAAAUUCCAAAGCAUUAGCUGUUUCUGUUUGGAAGAAUGGCAUUUCUUGUUUGUCAACUGACAAUGUAAUGUUAGACAUCAGUCGAGAUUUCAAUCUGCGGGACACUCGUCAUGGGAUAUCAUCGCUGUGUGCAACCUCUCCAUCUUUAAAUCAAAUGAUAUGGGUAGAAAAAACAACAAUAUAUUCUCAAAACAAAAAUGCUGUGAAAUUACUACCUGUGAAAAAUAUGCCUGAAGAUUCACAUCCUUGUUUUCUGCGGCAUGCUUGUUGCCUACCAAAUGGAUUGUUCGCAGUCUCUGACACAGCAAACCAGCGAGUUUACUUAAUUAAAGAAAACGGAAUUAUAUUUAAAACCCGAUAUUGUAAUCCAGGAUCGAUAGCUUUCGAUAAAUAUGACAAUAUAUUUAUAUCUGACUAUGACAGGUACUGUCUAGUUGUUUUUGACAUGAAUGGCGUUCAUAAAGCAGAUUUAUAUAUAGACGAGAAACCAAGAAGCAUAUCUAUAUUGGAGAACCAACUACUUGUUGCCGCUGGUCACAAAAUUUUGUUAUAUCACGUCGAUUUAAUAUGAGUUAUAUCACUGAAACUGUUGUGAAAAACAUAUACUUUUUCUGAUUUCAGAAC